CUAAACAACAAGUUCUGCACAAGUGAUUUACAUAUAAAGUUAAAAGUUAAUAAAGGGAGAGUAAACAAAAUAUUGAAAAUGCCACGUAAAUUGAUGUCCACCAAAUCCAACUAUGGAUACAAGAAUGCUGUACAGGAGGCAGUUUCCGAAGGACUAAUUUCCGGAAGCACACUUUCGACGUUGGAUUACCAAAUAUUGUUGGACAAACUAAAUGCCAAUCAGAAGCGAGUGGUUCCAUUUGCCAACAAUAGCAAGAAUCGUUAUGCCUUGCUAAAGUGCUUCCAACGUUUUCAGGCAAAAUCCAAUGAUGUCCCUAAUGGAGUCUGUGAGUCUACUGACAUUUCCAUUGAGCCGGCAGACGAAACAUUAAUAGAAGCCAAUUUGAAAUGUUUUCGAAAAAAAUGCCACAGUGGAAAUGCAAGUUUGAAUCGAUCGGUCCUCCUAGUGGACAAUUUGAAUAGCCCACGUGCAAAAUCCUAA